AUCCCACAACCAGCAGAGAGCCAGUUGAGACGGAGGCCCGGGGAGAGAGUGUCGCUUCAACCUCACAGACGAGGAACAAAGCAGAAGAAAGACGACAGCUCUCACUGAGGUGUUAAACCACAACAACAACCAACAGCUGUUGCAGAUCAAGAGAAAAAGAGACAGAAGGAACUAAAAAAAAGAGAAGAAAGAGAAGAAAGAGAAGAAAGACUAGGACCAGCUCAUCAUAAACCAACUAACUAAACUAACUAAACCAACCAAUUAUUAUUAAUUGCCACGACAGUAUAUUUGUGGCUGUAGUUUUUCAGUCAUCCUUUCGGGCAGAUGGAGUGUAUGGAGGGGGCUGUUUCCAGUCUCAGCUGGUCUCUGGUCUGCGGGGGGGCGCUCUACCUGUGGCAUCAGACCCGGGUCCGGACGGCUUACGGCCGCUACAUGUCCGCGGAGAGCCGCUGCUGCCCGGCCGCACUGGGCUGGUUCCUGCAGGAGGUCCCGUCCUUCCUGCUGCCGGUGCUGCUGCUGCUGCUGCCCGGGGAUCCAGGCCCCGGGCCCGGCAGGACGCUGCUGCUCUGCACCUUCACCUUGCAUUACUUCCACAGGAGUUUUGUUUACGCCUUCCUGACCAGGGGCCGACCCGUCCCCCUGACUACCAUCGUCUACGCCGCCAUCUUCUGCUCGCUCAACGGCUUCCUGCAGGGUCACCACCUGCUGCACUGCGCCCGCUUCCAGGACACCUGGCUGACCAGCGCCCGGCUGGCUGCAGGUUUCUCUAUGUUUGUCGUUGGUCUGAGCAUCAACAUCCACAGCGACCACAUCCUGCGCAGCCUCAGGAGACCUGGAGAGGUCGUGUACAGGAUCCCACACGGGGGGAUGUUUGAGUUCGUGUCGGGGGCGAACUUCUUUGGUGAGAUCGUGGAGUGGUGUGGUUACGCUGUGGCCGGCUGGUCGCUACCGACCUUCGCCUUCGCUUUCUUCACGCUCUGCUCCAUCGGGCCCAGAGCCUACCACCACCACAGAGACUACCAGCAGAGGUUCGAGGACUACCCCCGCUGCAGGAAAGCUCUGAUCCCGUUCCUACUGUGAUGACGGUGGAGAGUGAAACAUCUCAGCUGAGCAGCACAGACACAAAGUAAUGCAUAUAUACAGUGCCUUGCAUAAGUAUUCACCCCCUUUGGACUUUUCUACAUUUUGUCAUGGUAUAACCACAGAUUAAAAUUUAUUUCAUCGUGAGUUUAUGUAAUGGACCAACACAAAAUAGUGCAUCAUUUGGAAGUGGGGGGAAAUAUUACAUGGAUUUCACAAUUAUUUACAAAUAAAAAUCUGAAAAGUGUUGAGUGCAUAUGUAUUCACCCCCUUUACUGUGAAACCCCUAACAAAGAUCUGGUGCGACCAAUUGCAUUCACAAGUCACAUUUGCAAGUCACAUAAUUAGUAAAUAGGGUCCACCUGUCUGCAAUUUAAUCUCAGUAUAAAUACACCUGUUCUGUGACGGACUCAGAGUUUGUUGGAGAUCAUUACUGAACAAACAGCAUCAUGAAGACCAAGGAGCUCACCAAACAGCUCAGGGAUAAAGUUGUGGAGAAAUAUGAAGCAGGGUUAGGUUAUAAAAAAAUAUCCAGAGCUUUGAACAUCUCUCUGAGCACCAUAAAAUCCAUCAUAAGAAGAUGGAAAGAAUAUGGCACAACCGCAAACCUACCAAGAGGAGGCCGUGCACCCAAACUGAAGAGUCGGACAAGGAGAAAAUGAAUCAGAGAAGCAACCAGGAGGCCCAUGGUUACUCUGGAGGAGUUGCAGAGAUCCACAGCUGAGGUGGGAGAAUCUGUCCACAGGACAACUAUUAGUCGUCUACUCCACAAAUCUGGCCUUUAUGGAAGAGUGGCAAGAAGAAAGCCAUUGUUGAAAGGGAUCCAUAAAAAAUCCCGUUUGGAGUUUGCCAGAAGCCAUGUGGGAGACACAGCAAACAUGUGGAAGAAGGUGCUCUGGUCAGAUGAGACCAAAAUUGAACUUUUUGGCCUCAAUGCAAAACGCUAUGUGUGGCGAAAACCCAACCCUGCCCAUCACCCUGAGCACACCAUCCCAACAGUGAAACAUGGUGGUGGUAGCAUCAUGCUGUGGGGAUGCUUCUCUUCAGCAGGUACAGGGAAACUGGUCAGAAUAGAGGGAAAGAUGGAUGGAGCCAAAUACAGGGAAAUCCUUGAAGAAAAUCUGAUGCAGUCUGCAAAAGACUUGAGACUGGGGCGGAGGUUCAUCUUCCAGCAGGACAAUGACCCUAAACAUACAGCCAGAGCUACAAAGGAAUGGUUUGGAUUAAAGAAUGUUAAUGUCUUAAAAUGGUCCAGUCAAAGCCCUAACCUCAAUCCAAUAGAGAAUCUAUGGCAAGACUUGAAGAUUGCGGUUCACAGACGGUCUCCAUCCAAUCUGACUGAGCUUCAUCUUUUUUGCCAAGAAGAAUGGACAAACCUUUCCAUCUCUAGAUGUGCAAAGCUGGUAGAGACAUACCCCAAAAGACUUGCAGCUGUAAUUGCAGCGAAAGGGGGUUCUACCAAGUAUUGACACAGGGGGGUGAAUACUUAUGCACCCAACAGAUGUCAACUUUUUUGUUCUCAUUAUUGUUUGUGUCACAAUAAAAUUUAUUUUGCACCUCCAAAGUACUAUGCAUGUUUUGUUGAUCAAACGGGAAAAAGUUUAUUUAAGUCUAUUUGAAUUCCAGUUAGUAACAGUACAUAAUGGGAAAAAGUCCAAGGGGGGUGAAUACUUAUGCAAGGCACUGUAGGUUUGUGUGCAAGUCCUGUUAUAAUUCUUUUUAAAUAAAUUCAUUUUAUUAUCUUUAAAUCCUUCUGUGAUCAUCUGCUCCUCAUCUAUUCAAAUAUUCUGUAACGUGUUGUUUGGUAAAUUUAUAUAUUUCACACUGAAUUAUCUGCUCCAAUCUGUGGAUUAUAGGUUAAUGACAUAUUUAGGCUAACCUGUUGAAGUAGAGAGGUUGUUAUCGGAGAAGAGAAUGAUUUUUUUUUUAAAAGUAUUUAUACAAAUACACAACAGCAAAUCUCUUGUAUCUGUAAACCUGUUUAGCAAUAAAACCUGAUUCUGAUCCCAAA